GCGAAUUGGAGUCGUGAACUGGCCGUGCUGCAUGUCGGGAACAAAUUUUGUAGCUUAGAGACCACGGAAAAUAAACAAGAGAGCUUAGGCCUGUUUGCGGCGUUUACUGUGAUGACUGGAAAUGUGUGCGGUGCCCGAAAAGCCACUGUUGCCGGCUGCGAUAAAGGCGAUUAUGAUGAACAAAUCCGACGUAUUCAGGCACAUCUUCGGGACAGUGAAUCAAAGAGGAUGGAAUUGGAAAGAAAAAUGCUUGGAUAUAGCACACCUGAUACUUCCAUAACUAAACUGAAAUACACAAAUCUAAAAAAAUAUUUAAAUGAAAUAUGUGAACGGCAGAAGAAAUCUCUGCUCCGAAACCAAGAUUUAUUAAAAGAAUUUGAUUGCAUUGAAGCUCACAUUAGGAAGUUUGCUUCAAGAUCAGAGUCCCUUCAAAAGCUAAAGGUAGAGUAUGAAAAAGAAAUUAAAAAUAGGCUGUUAGUUGAGAGAAAAGAUACGUUAAAACACGAAAUGAGAGAUGCUACUGAACAUCAGAUGAUUCCAGAAGCAAGGCAGUCAGGAAUUAAUGCCAGGACAGCCAUAUCAAGAGGACUAUAUCAUACAGCAACUAUCUUUAUGGGCCGCCAAAUGUCAGCUGUCUCAGGCAUUGAAGAUUUCAGUGCACUGCAGAAGUCUGAACUCACAAAGGGCUUUUCAAUUUCUGACCCACAUUCCUAUAGACAACCAUCACAGAGCUGCUAUAUGACAGACAGCUGUGUAGUUCAAACUAAUAAUGAUCUACAGUACUCAAAUAAGUCUGACAAAAUAGAUGGGAAGACAUCUCUGCUGAAAGGUGAAGAAAUGCCAGUCACAUCCAGUGUAUCGUAUGAGAAUGAAAGAACUUCUUUAACAGCGGAAAGUAUAGCAAAUAAUGACAGCAAUAAUAUUGAGGAAAACAAUGUCCACCCUGAACCUAAAUUUCUGCUACACAGAAAAUUAAGUUCUGAGAGCAGAUCCACCAGUUUGAAAAGUUACAGUUCCUGUAAACCAUUGACCCGUGAACAUUCUUUACAAUAUGAACAAGGAACUAAAGAGCCAAUCUCGUUAAUCAGUGAUCCCAGUGUUUCUGCCAAUGAGUGCUCAGAAGAAAAAUUCCCAGUUUUGAGGAGCCCCAUGCACUUGGACAAAAAUAUACUGCAGGAGGAAGAUAAAAGUUUGAGUGGCAGCACUGAUCUUACUGUUUCAUUGAGUGAAGAGGAAGAGGAAUCAAAUUAUUUGAAACUACAACAAAAUCUAAACAGUACAGAUUGCAAAUUUGACAACAUAAUAUGUAAUAAUGAAGAAUAUUCUCAAAUGUUUUUUUCAACUGAACAUUCAUCUUCUGGCCCUGAGCUAAGGGAAUGUCUGUCAUUUGAAGGAUUUUGUCAUGUCUUAACUUUCAUAGAAGAACUGGUGGCCAAUGUACCUUCUGGAUGCUCGGCAUUAUACCAGAGAGGAACUGCUAACACAGCAGAACUAGAGAAGCUUAUAAGCCUCUGUAAUAAAGGUGGCAACUUGGCACAAGAAAACUUUGAGGCAUGUGAAGCGCUUGUCCUUUAUCAACUUCAGAAAUUAUUGCAAAAUACAAUGAAUGGAUGCCUUUUACAAGAUAAAAUGCUUAAUGACAAAAAGGAAAGACUGAAUGAAGGACAAAGCAGAUCUGAAUUGGCAUCUUAUUUUACUAAGAUUUGGGAACGUUUAAGCAAGCAUAUCUUAUUCUUGCAAAAGCACCACAUUUUGCUCAGACAAGAAGUGAAAGACAUGUUUGGUACCCUAUUGAUUUUGGAGAGUCAUAAAGAAGAAAGCCCGACUUCUCCAGUGUUGAAAGACUUUGUAGAAGAUUGUGAAGACAGAUCAUUUUCCUGUAGCGAUAAAACCUCCUAUAAUUCACAAGCAAAAAAUAGCCCAGAAGAGCAAGGUUUGAACAUCAGUGGCUUAAAAGAACAAAAAAGUAAUGGAACCAGUUCUGAGCCCAGUUUUUCAUCUCUGGAGAGGAAAAGCUCUUUGUCAAGAGAUGAAAAUCAAAGAGGAAUAACAUCUACAAUAAAAUCUAAAGCUUUUUGGGGAGAGUCUGAUGACAGCAAUUCUGAUAUUGAAGCAGCCCUACGCCCUCAGGAACACUGUUCACAAGAAGAUGGAUUCAGUGAUUUCUAUGACUAACUUGAUACUCAUUUACAAACAAAUGAUAAAAAGCCAGUAGCAAUUUUUCAGGAUGAAAGUAGUUUCAGGAAGUCAAUCUGGAAUGGAUAUCCUGAUGGCAUUUUUAUGUACCUUACCAUAGCCACUUCUUCACACCAAAUUAUCCUGUCAUUCUACUUUCAACCAAUAUGUUUGUAAAGGGUAAUCUGGGUUCACAACGAAAAUUGUGGACUGUUGAUCAGAGUACCCUACGCAUGAAAACGACUGAGACUGGUUGUAUACAAUAACAGUCACUUGCAGACAAACUGGGGUUUGAUAUUCCUUUACUUUUAGGGAAAAGGCAAAGACAUGGUCCAAAAACAAUUCCAGGUCAUACACAUAUAAAGUCAGUCCAGGUAUGUUACAAAUAUCAAGUCUUCUUACCAAUGUAGACUUGCACAACAAACAAGGUCGUCUUUCAGUUCGGCAAAAUUUCAAUUCACAACAGUCAGUAGCUUGAGGAAUCAUAACUAGCCAUGAUCAAGCAACGAUCAUAAAGCUCAAAUAUACAGUUGCAGCAUGUCAUCAGGUUACAAUGCUGUAGCAUCCCUGUAGAUUCCCCACAAGCCAUAAUUUAGUAGUCCUUUUAUACAUUGGCUACAGAGCUCAACCAAUCAGGAUGCUUGCAUGAUGAGCACAGCCUUAAAGCAAUAUCAUGCUUUUCUACAAACAUACAUAGUUAGUUUAUAUAUUGCCUGGCCAACUAGUUAGGCAAAUAACAAUUUCCUGACAAUGUUUAUGAAUGAUUGUAAUAUUCUUCUGAAAACCAAGCUAAAAGAGCACCAAAACCAGAACACUGUAAGAUUUAUACCUGGACUUAUUUGAAAUCUGAAAUACAAAGAGAGAGGGAAGAGUAAUUUUGGAGCUGGAAAAUUGUAGACCUUUAAUUUAUAUAUUCCCUGUAUACCUGUUCCUUGAUCCAGUUGCUUGGUUGAAAAAAGUUUGUUGUUGUAUUUGAAUGGCCAUCAAACUAAUGGAUUCAGUUCAGGUCAAAGCAACCAUGUUUAUUAAUACGAUUAUGAAUUUUGCAUUAAAUAAAAAGCAACUGAUGGGGUUGGGACCUUGUUUGUAUUUGUAGUUUUAACGAUUCACUACUGUUUACAUCAGGAGGGAAGCUUUUAGUUAUGAAAAUAGUUGCAGAAAGAAGGGCAGGGGGAUGAUUAAGAGGACAGAGGGAAUGUCACAAAAUGAACGAUUGCAUGAAUAAUGGCAUUUCUGGCUUAGCUCUAUAGCUAAUUUUUUAGCUAUAGAAGUAAAGCAUAUUAUUUCAGAAAUCAGAUUUGUAAACAUGUAUCUUAUCUUUAGUUUUUCAUAGAUGAUGCAAGAUAUUUGUUAUCUUUUUAUACUCCCAAUAAAAUGUACUGAAAACUUGGAAGAAACUGUUUUCACAAACUUUGUUUAUAUUUUAAAAUUGAUAAUGAUCAUUAAAUAAUCUUU